AUGGGCCUCCCCCUCCGAAAUUCCACCUCCUUUAUGAAUCCCCCCUCCGGGGGCCCGUCCCUUGGCGGACCCUCCACCACCUCCGAGUCCGAGUCCGAUGCGGACCCCUCGGAGCCGUUAAGUUACCAUCACACGGGGAGCCGCCGCGCCAACCGCCCUAGUCGAUUCCAUCACCUUGCCACCCUCCAUCACAGUUCCAAAGGGUGCUUGGAAUUGAGUCCGCGCUUCCAGUCCCUGCUCGACCACGACGACCACAACACCAACGCCAACAACACGCCCAUCACCACCCGUCAACCCCUCCACCUCCACCGCCACCACACCAACCAACGUCGCAGACUCCACCGCCACCGCAUCCGCCAAGCCCAGCAAUCCUCCCAAGAGCCGCGCGGUUCCUGGCUUUCCGACGCCGCCGAGGGCUACUCAAUAGCUCGGUCCAGCCUCCAGCUGCCAGGCGAGGGCGGCACCACCACCACCAGCAACAGCAGCCACAACACCGGCAGGGGAGGCGGCAGGUCGAUCAACCGGAGCAGGAGUAGCGGGGAUGGGAGUCAGGGCAGCAGCGCGGGUUCAGAGCGACGUCCGCCAUCACUGGAACGACAGGACGCGUUUCGCGACGAGAAGACAACCAAGAAGCGGCGGCGGGGACGGCAGCACCAACGGGGAUGGGAGGGCGAAGAAGAGGCGGGGCAGGACACCAACCUAGGGGACGAGCAGGCCGAGGUGGCGGAACUGUACCGCCUGGGCCUGCUGUACGACGACGAGCAUGAGCGUGGCGCGGGCUUCUCGCUGGACGGCAUCGUCCGGGAUGAGCCCGUCUACUCGCUGCGGGUGCGGCCUGCGAAGCGGAGUAGGCGGGCGGAGAGGAGAUGGAAUGGUGGUCACAGUGGGGUGCUUUCUCUGUCGGUGGUGGAUUUGGCGUUCUCGGCGUUUGGCGCGGACGAGGCGUUGGCGGGAUGGAUGCUUUCUGGUCCGGGUUCGGGUUCGGGUUCUGCUUUGUCGGGUGCGCCGGCGCGGGAGGUGCAUCGGUUCGGGACGGAGACUGCGCAUGAUACCCCUGGGUUGACGGUUGUUUACGAGCUGGCUGAUGACGCCGUUUCCGCCAUGUCGGUGGAUGAUGAUCUGCUUGAUUCGAUUUCUGUUUCGGAGAUUUCUUUUUGUGGGGGGGAGGAGGACGAGAUGGCCUGGGCCAUGCUCGAUGGGAAUGCAAUGCCGGCGACGAUGGACUUGGAGGCGGAUGAGGAAGUCGACCCCUGGGUUGUGCUGGGCCAGGACGGCUCGUAG